AUGGGUCUGACUGUGAACUCUCUGGUAGAGGUGACUUUGGGUGCAGGAAAUUCAUAUGGAAUCAUCCGCUGGAUCGGCACUCUGACUGAUUCAGGGAUAAUCAUGGCCGGACUUGAGCUGGAGGAAGAGAGGGGAGUGAGUGAUGGCACCUUUAAAGACAAGCGUAUCUUCACAUGUCCUUACAAGAGAGCUCUGUUUGCGAAGCUGAGCUCUCUGCUUCCUGACUCACGCUUUCAAGCCAGUCACAAAAGAGAAGCAGAGCACAGCACAGGGAAGUUGGAGACUGUUCCUCCCAUCACCACUGAGCAGGUUAACCAGAUUCUGAUUGGACGAAUGAAGGGGAUCCAAGGCCACUGCAACUCCUGCUACAUGGAUGCUGCCCUCUUCAGUUUGUUUUCCUGCUCCUCUGUGCUGGACUCGAUGCUGUUUAAAUCAACAGCACCUCGAGAUACCCCAAUUCAGAACACACUACUCCAUGACAUUGUCAACCCCCUCCGAAGUAAGGGCUUUGUGGAAGGACGGCACAUCAUGAAGCUGCGGCAGCAGCUGCAGAAACAUGGCUACAGUCACUCCUUCACCACGGAUGAGAAAGACCCAGAGGAGUUCCUCAUUGUCAUCAUGCACCAUAUUCUCGCCCUGGACCCUCUACUCAAACUCUCAGCUCAUGGUAAAGUGCAGGAUAGUUACUGCUAUCAGAUCUUCCCGGACCAGAACCACAGUCUGGUGCUGCCUACAGUCCAGCAGCUGCUGGAACAUUCUUUCCACAGUUCAGGACUCAAACUGGCAGAGGUGCCCUCCUGCCUCAUCCUCCAGAUGCCUCGCUUUGGAAAGAAAUUCAAGAUGUUUGAAAAAAUCGUUCCCUCUCUGGAGCUGGACGUCACUGACCUCCUUUCUGAAGGUCCUCAGCAGUGCGUCCUGUGUGGACACCUGGCUGAGGAAGAGUGCACCAACUGUUUUAAAGAUCCCCUCUUCAGCCAGACAGGAUUCAAAGUCUUCUGCAAGAUGUGCUCAUCUCAGGUGCAUUCUCAUUCGCAGCGCCGGUCCCACCAGCCAGCCGCUCUGGACGUUCCCAAAGGUUACCUGGAUCACGGCAAAUCUCACACACAGAUGACCAGGGACAAACUGGUGCUGUUUGCUGUGCUCUGCAUCGAGACGAGCCACUACGCGUCCUUCAUCAAAUACGGACCGAACAGUGAAGACUGGAUCUUCUUCGACAGCAUGGCGGACAGACAAGGAGAAAGAGAAGUCUUCUACAUCCCCAAGGUGCAAAACUGCCCUGAGGUCGGCACAUACCUGGAAAUGUCUCUCGACGAGCUGGCCAAUCAGGUGCCUCGAGAUAUGAAAGGUGUGGCCAAGCGUCUCUUCUGUGAUGCCUACAUGUACCUGUAUCAGAGCACCAGCAUGUGCCUGUAUCAAUGAAAACCCCUCGGCUUACUCAUCGCACAACUUGUUGAUUAGAAAAAAAAUACUGUUUCCUUCAUUGUUUGUGUAAUUUCAUUUUGCUUGAAUGCUUUGCUGUUCUUUUAUGAAUGUGAAAUACACACAUGAACAUUUAAAACUUGUACAAUUUUCUGCUUUGUUGUGGGGAAAGUUUAUCAGGCUUGCAUAAUUUAUAACAAUAUUGUUUUACUUCUGUAAUGUUGAAUUAAGAAAUUAUUAAGGCCAAUGUCAAAUAACAUAAACCAGACUUAAGUGAAAAUAAGUCCAGUUCUUCUAUGGCCCAUGCCCAUCUCUCCACCAAGUGCAGUGCAUUUUUUUUCUAUUUACACAAACUUUUUCUCACUACAACUCUACUUAAAAGUAGAAAAGGCAACUGUAUCCUCUUGAACAAUUUCCACCCUGCACAAAUUGGAUGAAUUGUGGCAGUUCGGUUCCAGAAAAUCUUGGUUUCAGGUGAGGUUGGUCCUGCCUGAUAUACAUUUGUGAUCACUACGAGGGUCUUCUUGAGAUUUGGAUCUCAUGCUAGUCUGUAUAGCAAUGCUCUGUAGGUAGCUGUCUGGUGUACCUGGAACACCUGUAGCGUCCAGUAUGUUCCCGGGCAUAAGUCUUGGCUGCAAACUAACCACUCACUGCUCUUCAACACAAGCACCCCACAUUCUGCGUUGAUGUCAUCUUAUCUAAGAUCUUAUGUCAUCUUAGUUCAUCCUUUUGUUUUGCACCUUAAAAGACCUGCAAUCACAUCCUUUACUCAUGCACACCACACCAGAUGUUGUAUAUUGAAUUUAGCACUUUAAUUCGGUUUAAGUUGGUCUGUUAAAAAUAUUCUUUAUUAAUUGUUAUCUGUGGUGUGUGUGUCUGCAUUUUGUUGUGUCCACCUGAGCACGGUCAUAACACAUUGUAAACAAGUCUGAGGCAUUAAAUCUGUAUUGUCAGUGUGUUUUCUAUAGGGUGCAGAAAGUAAAUAAAGUUACAAAAUGGUGAGGGCUACAUGGAAAGGAGGUGCAUAAGAGAAAGGGAAAAGAAGGGGAGAAAGAGUGUAGGAAAGGCAGCGAGAAACAAUAUUAAAAGACAAGUAAACAAAAGCACAGAGAACUGGGGAAAAAAAACUAAAGAAAUUAAAAGGACAAGGGAAGUAGAGAGGGAAAGGGAAAAUGACAAAGAAAAAUAGGGACAGGGUUGAAGCUAUGCAUUUGACUAUGAGUAACAGAACCACAGGAAUAGGAAUAGAGAACAGGGGAGAUAGACAGAAGGAAAAAGUAAGGAAAAUAAGACAUGAACAGAGUGUAACAAGAACAGAUAGUAAGACAGAAGGAAAUUGCAAUGGGAUCACAUCAGCCACGCCUGUCAACAUGUUGACCUUCUGACCCAUGAGUAAUCAGACUACACCCAUCUUCAAACUUGGACUUCUUUUUGAUCUAAACUACACUCCUGUAAAGUUUUGUGACUGUAUCUUGCACAGUUGCGAUUAAAAUCUGUCCACAGACUGACAGUCAUUCUAAAACACCUGCCACCUCUGUGGUAGUUCCUGCUACAGUAGCAGGCUCCAGGACCACAUUUUUCCUUGAUGACACACACACACACACACCCCACCCCACCCCACAAGUAUAGUGGGUGCCUAGUUUGCCGACCCCACAAAUAUAGUAAAAUAAGGCCACACACACAGACAGACUUACAUGGAGGUUUUACUAGUAGUAAGUGGCCACAGUAAAGGUUUUAGCACAAGUGAGGAAAAUGAGAUUGGCAGAAGCAAUGACUUGGCUUCAUUGACUAUGGCCAGUUGGAAGAAGGGUGAGAGAAUUCCAAGAGUAAAUUAAUCAAUUGAACAACCUACGAAGAUAUUUUGGUUGUGUAUCAAAGGGAAUAAAUAACUUAAAUACUAUUUAAUUAAAUUGAGAGCUGU